UAAGCAGACUUUGGAUUUUCCCUUUGCUCUUUCUGCCCCUGAUCGUGUUUGGGUCACCGGGGAAGUCUCUCAUCGACGAAUCCUUCUUGUUAAACCGGUAGAUAAUUGAAAUUGAGAUUUCUCUUUGAUUUAGUUUCUAAAUCCAUCAACAUCAGUGAAGGCUCUCGCCGCGCUAGGUUACAGCCGGUGAGGAUGUCUACUCCUGCAAGGAAGAGACUGAUGAGAGAUUUCAAGAGGUUGCAGCAAGAUCCACCUGCUGGCAUCAGUGGUGCUCCCCAAGACAAUAAUAUCAUGCUAUGGAAUGCUGUUAUAUUUGGGCCAGAUGAUACACCUUGGGAUGGAGGUACGUUUAAACUCACCCUUCAGUUCACUGAGGAUUAUCCAAAUAAGCCACCAACAGUCCGCUUUGUGUCUAGAAUGUUUCACCCUAACAUUUAUGCCGAUGGAAGCAUUUGUUUGGACAUUCUGCAAAAUCAGUGGAGCCCAAUCUAUGAUGUAGCAGCUAUACUCACCUCUAUUCAGUCGCUGCUGUGUGAUCCCAAUCCAAACUCUCCUGCCAAUUCUGAAGCUGCUAGGAUGUUUAGCGAGAAUAAGCGCGAGUACAACAGGAGAGUACGUGAAAUUGUGGAACAGAGCUGGACUGCUGAUUAGCCACAGAAUGGUUGUAGGCAAACAGAAAAGAUAGUCGGGUGGCUUGUUUGCAUGAUAUUGUACCUGGGAAGAAAACCAUUUUGUUGUGUAAUUUGCGUAUUAUGUGAUAUGCUUGCUUGGUUUAUUCAGAUGAACUACUUCAGUCUAUUUCAAUUUGACUAAUCUGGUCUGGCUUUUCCCA